AUGUUUCGAAACAGGAGGACUUCACAAAAGCCUAGCGACGAGCUCUAUCGCAACUUCAAAGCAAAGUUCCCUCAGCUCAUUUCUACAAGCUCAUCGUCGUCGAGCGGCAGUGCGUCAGUCCAGGCGCAGACGCAGACACAGCCGACAACGUCGCUCGCGGAGGCGCUCGAUAUCCCGCUCAACCCGCGGUCCCUCGAUCAUAGUCAGCCGCACGAUAUCAAGGAUGCAGACCCCACCCCAAGAGGUUCCAACGAACCGUGGAAUUUUGGGACGUCAGGUCUAACUCCUUCACUCAUGGAUCCAAACAGCAACGGCUUCAAUAUGUUCGCAAAUCAGCUGCCGGCCUACUACACGGCCACACCCGGCGGCACCAACACGCUCUACCACAGUCAAGCGGGCGACUUACACACGCCUGGUCUUGGCAUGGGGUUGGGCACACCGCUAUCAAUGCCAACUUCGGAGAGCGGCUUGCAUGCUGGACAGCAAGGGCCCUUCAAUGGCUUUCAAAAUCAUCUUCCACAACACGUGCAACCGCACCAUGUACAGCCUCAGCAUUUCCAGAACGUCAACCCUUUCCAGAUGCACCAGCAGCAAGGCUUCCCAUCGCAUCACUUUACCCAGCAGCCGUCCUACGAUGAAGGCCUGGGUCCGGUUGGCGAGUCGCCUGUCGACGACUUGGGCAUGGACAUGGGAAUGGGUCACCACAACCACUCACCGGAAACGCUGUUUCAACCGCCGAACCUGCAAACCACCAUGCAGCCUCCACCAUUACAUCCCUCUGGCGAGAAAUUUCGCUACCAUGUCACAUUGAACGCCCCAACAGCUAUGAUCAAGCACUCCGACGAGAUUCCGGUCACGUACCUGAACAAAGGGCAAGCGUACACGCUCAAUGUGGUCGACACGCAUACACAGCAAGGCACUCCAGCUGGUCGUUAUCGCACGUUCGUGCGUGUCUCUUUCGAGGACGAGACCCAACGAGCGAAACCCGCCGCCUGCUGGCAACUCUGGAAGGAAGGACGCGGUACCAACGAAGCACAUCAGCGGGGCGGACGAUUACAAGCCGUUGAAUAUGUCGAUUCUGGCCAAAUGGGCGGUGCCGAAGACCCCAGCAAACCGAAAGUUGAGCUCGAAUGCGCAUCUUUCGACGGCUUUUGCGUUACCUGGAGCCCUCCGAACGGCAGCGCUGAGUGUCCCAUCUCAGUGCGCUUCAACUUCCUCUCGACCGAUUUCAGCCACUCCAAGGGUGUGAAGGGCAUUCCUGUUCGACUUUGCGCGAAGACUGAAGCGAUCGAAGAGCCUGCCAUUUCCUCGUCGCAAAUUGGAGGCUCAGAGGUGUGCUAUUGCAAAGUCAAGCUUUUCAGAGACCAUGGCGCAGAGCGAAAGCUUUCCAACGACGUCGCACAUGUCAAGAAGACGAUCGACAAGCUGAACCAGCAAAUAGCGCAGAUCGAGUCCGGGAUGCGGGAUCUUGGCAAACGGAAACGAAGCGGUUCCAUGGCCAAGGGACUCGAUGGCAGACCUGGCAAAGUACCCAAGCAUCGGAGGACGUGGUCUAUGACUUCUGUCACCUCCAACGGUGGCAGAGGUAGUGCUGAGGAGGAUCUGCACAUGAAGCUGAUGACGCUUCAAGACAUGUUCACCUCGACCAGACCCGCGAGUGUGCUCUACCUUCGCGGCGACGACGAGGACGAUAUGGACAACUACCCAGUCAAGCUCACUGGCGAGGUUCCCGAUCUUGCUAGAACCGACUCCGUGGAGACCAACAAUUCCGAGUGGAAGAACAACAGUCUGGACGGACCAAACUCGUCCAUGGUAUCGCCCAGUCCAAGCAAUAACUCGCUCAUUGGGAGUCGCAAAGACUCGAGUAUGCAGCAACCUACACCUAUUGGCGGACCCUCUCGAGCCAACUCGAACGAAUGGAGGAACAAUCCACAGACCGCCACGAUGGAUAUCCAGCCCACGAUCAAUGAGCAUCUACAAAGCCCACCCGACAGCCUUCCAACCCAGGUUCAGACCAAAUCUCCAAAGGACGGAUCAGUCUCAGGAUGGAUCGAGGCAGUAGAUGUCGAUCACAGCUACCAGCCACCCCCAGAACGGCCAGUCAAGCCGGUCGCUUCAUUUUACGUCCAGCCUCGUGUUGCUGGCAGAGCACCCACAGACAACUUUUACCGCGCGAUCUAUAUCAUGAACCGAACUUUGAAAGACUUCACUACGACGCUUGCCAUGAAGUGCAACAUCGAACCUACCGAAGUCCUGCGCACCUACCGAGUCGACCGCAACGGUAUCCACAUUCUCUUCGACGACGAUUGUAUUCGAGAACUUCUAGAGGGCCAAGAUAUGACUGCUGAAUUCAGCGAAAUUGGGGAAGACGAAAUGCCCGUGAAGCCAAAGCGCGAGUGGGACGCGGUGACUCAGGGAAUCCAGUGCGAUGGCGACGUCCCUACGAUCGAGAAUGUCAGCUCAACUGGAUACGAGCUGAAGCUUCUGUUCUAA